AUGGGUGUCCUUAAAUAUGUUUUACAAUCUCCUAUUUCCGUUCAACUCCAUUCUCUUACCCUAAGCUUGUCGUCGCAGAUAGAAAAAGCAUGCUGUCAACCUGAUUCCACAUUCUCGAGAUUCCUGUCAUCUACUCAUCGGACACUACUAGCUAAUCUGUUUUUAUGUCGUCACUCAGGAACAUUAAUCGUCCGUCGUUUACGUGAAAAAUAUUUCAGCUUACACCCAAACAUAAAGACAGAUUCUCGGUUGUUUAUAACUCAGAAAGUUUUACUUGGAGGGUCUUUAAUUUCAUUUGCUCAAGACAAAAUUACUGAUGAAGAGGUCCUAACCACUCUGAAAAGUUUUUCAGUAAAUGGUAGCUCAAAUAAUUCCAACAAAAGUAGUCCAUUUGUUGUUGUGGAAGAUGAUACUAGUGAAGAGGAUACCCAUUCACCAUUUGAAGAUCGUACGAGAAACGAGUGCUCUGAAUCAUGGGACCCACCACUGACUUUAAUGAUACGGGAGUUACGUAAAACAUAUUUGAAUCGGACAUCAAUGUUUUCACGUCCUACUACGGAGCCAGUUGUCGUUGGUGAUUCUUGUAUAUCUGCUUGUGAUGCAGAUCCUCAUGUUAAUGAAAUUUCAAAUGAAGAUCACUUUACUGCGUCUCUUUCGUCGUUGUUUAUGGACUUAAAUAUUCAGCCAGAUGGUACAGGUUUUGUUGAUGAGUCGUGGGAACUUGUUUAUGAUCGAACAAGUAUGCGCGUUUGGCGUAGACCACUGAUGGUACCUCAGAUAAAUGGUGAAUGUAAUCCCCCAAAAUCAAAUGUCAAGUACGAGUACCGAGUUUGUGGACAAUUUCGUGAUAUAUCAGCUUCAUCGUUUAUGGAAGUACAACUCAAUUUGGACUAUCGACGAAAAUGGGAUGAUAAGAUUGUAGAAUUGCAGUGUAUAACACCGAAUAACAAUACACAUAUUAAAGAUUUAGAUAUUAUUCGCUGGGUUGUACGUUUUCCAUUUCCUAUGGUCAAUCGAGAAUAUAUUUACGUAAGACGUUGGUGGAUUCAACCUAAUGAAUUUUCUAUGAAUACGGAGAAAUCACUUGCAUUUCAUAAAGAUAAUCCUUCAGAAUCAAUUCUUUUAUCUCAAGACAGUACAACUAAGAACAUUUCUACUAGACGCUAUGCCUAUCUAAUUUCUCGAUGCUCAGCAGAUUUUAAAGAAAAAUGUAUCCAAUCUUCUGAUAUUUUUUCAGUAAAGUCUUCAUGGGAAAACAUAAGAAAACGAGACCUUGUUCAAGUUCAUGAAUAUCAUUCUGAGAUGUUAAUUGAGUCACAUGGAGAAUUCAAUCAAAAUGGACUUAAUUACUACUUAAUAUAUUAUGAUGAUCCGUGUCUUCCGAUUAAUGGAUCCCCAAUAAAUUUAUUUUCUGUCAGAGCUAUUGAAGAAUUUAUGGCAAAACUUCAUAAAGCUGCAUUACAAUUAUGUCAUGUAGGCUUACCUAUUGGUAUUCCUCCCAUAAUAUAUGAUAAUAAUAGUAAUAAUAAUAAUACCAAUACUACUGAUAGCGAAAUAAAACUUAACCCAAAUCCAGAUCUAUUCAAUGCAUCAAAGUUAAUACCACCAUCAUCAACACCACCUACAACGAAGAAACAAUUCAGUGGUAAAAAAUUAAAUUCCUAUUUCUUCACUGAUCGUCAUCCUUCAGAAUUGAAUAAUAAUUACAUCGAUUCAACUGCAG